AAUACUAACUGGACUGUCCUCCUGCCCUAUGGACAGCUCUAGUCAAUCAUUAUUCACAUAGCGCACAGGUUUGGUGGAAUGGGGUUCAGAUAGAGUCAUAUAGGCUGACUUGUUUGGGUACUGUUAUUUUUAGUCAACUCAAAAAAGGGCUGUGCACUCUCCAAACUGUGCUGUGCUGGCAUUACGUGGCUGCUUUGCCCUGCCAGUGUGGACGCUCCGAUUGGUCUAUGGCUCGAGUCCUAACUCUCUCUCGCUCUGUGCACCACUGGCGCCCCCUGUGGACAGGAACGACCCAGGCCUGGGUCAGAAGCAUGUCAUCACUAGAGGAGCGAGCUCGAGCUAUGUUCGCAGCUGCGGUGGAGGGUGUGCAGCCAGACAGCGUGGUCCGACGGAGUCUGCAGCGAAAUGGGGAUGAGCUGCUUGUGGGGGACCGCACCUUUAAGCUCAGCAAUAACCUCCAUCUGGUGGGCUUCGGCAAAGCAGUGCUGGGGAUGGCUGCUGAGGCAGAGAGGAUUGUGGGGGACCACCUGGUUCGAGGGGUGAUUAGUGUGCCUCACGGUAUCCAGGAAACACUACAGCGUCAUGGGAAGAUGAACAUGUUGCUUGGAAGCAGCAGCAGAAUUAAAGUGAUGGAGGGCGCCAAGCACAACCUGCCAGACCCAGACGCGCAGAGGUCAGCUGAGAGUAUCCGGGAACUCGUCAGCACUCUUACUGAGAGAGAUCUGCUGCUCGUCCUCAUUUCAGGUGGUGGGUCUGCUCUUUUACCUGCUCCAAUCCCACCAAUAACCUUGCAGGAAAAACAGGAUGUGACACGUCGUCUGGCAGCUGCAGGAGCCACGAUUCAGGAGUUAAACACAGUGCGGCGAUCGCUGUCCCUGCUGAAAGGUGGAGGUCUGGCCCACUGUGCCUAUCCUGCUCAGGUGGUGGCCCUCAUUCUGUCUGAUGUCAUUGGAGAUCCACUAGACUUCAUAGCCAGUGGUCCGACAGUGUGGAGCAAGGUGCAGCCAGAGGAAGUCUGGGGCAUCUUGGAGCGCUAUGACCUCUCUGCUUCUCUCCCCUCAUCUGUGAAAGAGGUCCUAAAUAAGACUAGGCCUCAGUGUGAAGGGGAGCCAAAGGAGCAGCCACAGGAUCUCAGAGAUCACGUUCUAAACACUGUGAUUGGAUCAAACGCGAUUGCUCUAGAGUGCGCCGGCCGUAAGGCACGCGAGUUAGGCCUUCGUUCAGUGGUCUUGUCUCCAGGGGUGUGCGGUGACGUUCGCGCUGUGGCCCGCCUGUAUGGGCUAUUGUCUCAGUUUGCUUGCUCGCCAGGGAAGAAACCUCCUCCAGAGCUGGAAGCGCAGAUCAUACAGCUGGGGCCGAAGGUGGGGGUGCAAAGCUGGGACCUGUUUCGCACAAUGAAACAGCUGGGAGAUGGACGAGAGGAAGGCUGGUGUGCCACCUGCCUGCUGGCCGGAGGUGAGCCCACCGUGCAGCUGACAGGAAAGGGCCGAGGGGGGAGGAACCAAGAGCUGGCCCUACGGGUAGGGCUGGAACUCAGUGGGGGAGGAAAGAAGAUCCCUGCUGUGUUCCUUAGUGGUGGAACCGACGGCCAAGAUGGCCCUACCGAGGCAGCUGGAGCAGUUACUGAUGGAGAAAUGGAGGCAGAGGCCAAGAGUCAGGGACUGGACAUUGAUAGCUUUCUCAGCAAUAAUGAUUCAUACACAUUUUUCUCACGCCUUUCUGAAGGGCAGAGGUUGCUUCUGCCAGGACUCACAGGUACCAACGUGAUGGAUGUUCACGUCAUGUUGCUGCCACCUCCGUCACCAUCAGAGUAGCAGGUCGAAAAGACAUUUUCAGUUCUCAUGAUGAGAAUCGAUCUUAUCUGUUGGGGAAACAACCUUUUCAACACUAUAGGGAACAAGAAAUCAAGUAUUUCCUAUUGAGAUUGCUUCAUUUAGCGGGUUAUUUCUGACGCCAUGAUUCAGAUAUGAACUUCAGGUUUGUCUUAAAUCGUGAGAAGUAUGAAAGUGUGUUUUUUUUGUAACUACACAUUAGGAAGAUAAGAUUUUCAGCAUGAAAUUUUAUACUUAAAAUACUCACACUCACAAUACAAGCUCUCUGAAAUGUAAUAUUAAAAUCCAAGAAUAAUAACAGGA